UGUGUGUGUGGUUGUGUGUGUGUGUGCAGCCUGAGGACGGAAGCUGAGACCCCCCCCAUCUACCUUCAGUCCCUCCCAGGAUCGCGCGAGCCCCGCUUGGUACUCCUUUGAGGGUUUGAGGUGAGGGGGGGGGACUCAGCAGUGAAGCAGUUAAGGCACGCCAGCCGUAGCUUCAGCCCCUGCCAGAGCCAGCGUGGUGGAGGGAUGCUCCUCCGUUCUCCUGGCUCCCCCAGGCAAAAGUCACGUUGCUUUGGGCAGGAGAAGCGUCGUGAAGCGACCCCAGGUUUUAGCAUCCUCCUGCUAAAGGCGACGGAAGGAUGGGGAGAGUCCUGCCUGGAACGAGGGAUCAGCCCGGGCAGCGUGUAAAGAGCGCCGAGCGGGACUUUCCAGCGACAGCUCUUGAAUAAUUGAGAGCCAGCAGUCACUUUGCUGCUCCCCAGGCAGCCCAACUGGCACAGCGGCUCCGGUUUACCAGCUCCUGAUCUGGACCGGGAUGGGAGGAGGUGGCUCUCCAGCUGAAGAGCUGCACCGAGGCUUAGCAGGCAAAGAGAAGAAGAGGGUGACACAGCUCUGAAGGGCACCCGGCAGCUGGAUUCCCCACAUCUGCUCCAAACCUCGUGCCCGUUGCCUUUCCUUUCCUUGCCAGGUUGUAGCAAGAACAGCAGAGGGUACUUACUCCCCGUCACCGGCCCACCAUGGCCUUGAUCGUGCGUCUGAAGAGGGUCACCAACCUGAGAGGCAAAGCGGACAGGAUAGCCAAGGUGGCGUUCAGAGGUCUCUCAUUCUACACUCGAGUGCUUGAGAACUGUGAGAAUGAAGCUUCAUUUGAUGAGACUUUCCGAUGGCCCAUCGCAAGCAGCAUCGAUGUCAAUGAGAUGCUGGAAAUUCAGGUGUUUAACUACAGCAAGGUCUUCUCCAACAGACUCAUUGGUAUAUUCCAGAUGGUCCUGCAGAAAGUGGUGGAAGAAGGACAAUUGAAUGUGACGGACACCUUGAUCGAUGACAACAAUGUGUCCAUUCAAACCAGUGUUUCCAUUGAGAUUCGGUACCAGGCCAUGGAUGGCAGCGUUGGGGCUUGGAAUGAUGAUGAAUUCUUGGAGAGUCCCAGGGUCCAUCCAGAUGGUGAUCCCUAUGAAACUGAUGUCCUGCUUCCCAGUCACAGGCAGUCAAGCAAGACCAGCACUGCAGAGAAAGCCUUCCGAAGGCAAGAAGAUGAUGAAUUGUAUUACCAUAGUGAUGAUGAACUGCUGGGUGAGGGAGAUACCAUCAGCCAAGGGUCUUUGAAUGCCAGAGCUGGUAGAGGAGUCUUUUCAGCCAUGAAGUUGGGCAAAACACGUCCCUCAAAAGAUGAUCAUCACCGAAAGCAAGAUCAACCAGCUAUCUUGGAAGCAGAAGAUCUGGACCGUAAAGCAAUACGGCUUGGAGGUGGCCUGGAUCCAGAUACCAUCUCCCUGGCAUCAGUCACAGCUGUGACCACCAAUGUGUCUAAUAAGAGAUCCAAGCCAGAUAUUAAAAUGGAGCCCAGUGCUGGAAGACCAAUGGACUACCAGGUCAACAUCACAGUAAUUGAAGCACGGCAGCUGGUGGGGCUCAACAUGGAUCCUGUAGUGUGUGUGGAGGUGGGAGAUGAGAAGAAGUACACCUCCAUGAAGGAAUCAACUAAUUGCCCCUACUAUAAUGAGUAUUUUGUCUUUGACUUUCACAUUCCCCCGGAUGUCAUGUUUGAUAAAAUCGUCAAAUUAUCGGUGAUUCAUUCCAAGAACAUCCUGCGCAGUGGGACCUUGGUGGGUUCUUUCAAAAUGGAUGUGGGAACCGUCUACACCCAGCCAGAGCAUCAGUUCUAUCACAAGUGGGCCAUCUUGUCUGAUCCAGAGGACAUCACAGCUGGGCUGAAAGGCUACGUCAAGGUUGACAUCGCAGUGGUGGGCAAAGGAGAUAAUAUAAAGACACCACACAAAGCUAAUGAGACAGAUGAGGAUGAUAUUGAAGGGAACCUACUGCUUCCAGAUGGAGUUCCUUCAGAAAGGCAAUGGGCUCGCUUCUAUAUUAAGAUUUAUCGGGCAGAGGGGCUUCCACGCAUGAACACUAGCAUCAUGGCCAAUGUGAAAAAAGCCCUCAUUGGGGAAAACAAAGACCUGGUGGAUCCUUACGUCCAGGUGUUUUUUGCUGGACAGAAGGGGAAAACGUCUGUUCAGAAGAGCAGCUAUGAACCUGUUUGGAAUGAACAGAUAGUUUUUGCAGAGAUGUUUCCCCCUCUCUGCAAAAGGAUCAAGGUCCAGAUCCGAGAUUCUGACAAGGUCAACGAUGUGGCUAUUGGAACCCAUUUCAUUGAUCUGAGGAAGAUCUCCAAUGAAGGAGACAAAGGUUUCUUGCCCACAUUUGGUCCUGCCUGGGUAAACAUGUAUGGGUCCACCCGCAACUAUACACUGAUGGAUGAGCAUCAGGACUUGAAUGAAGGCCUGGGUGAAGGGGUCUCCUUCCGAGCCCGUCUGCUUCUUGGUCUAGCAGUAGAGAUCUUGGAUACCAGCAACCCUGACAUCACCAGUUCCACAGAAGUUCAAGUUGAAUUAGCAACUCCUGUCACUGACAGCUGCACAGGCAAGAUGGAGGAGUUUUUUCUCUUUGGAUCCUUCCUGGAGGCUACCAUGGUUGACAGAAAGAAUGGAGACAAACCAAUUAAUUUUGAGGUCACAAUAGGCAACUAUGGCAAUGAAAUUGAUGGCAUAUCCAGACCCACCAUCAAGAAGAAGAAAGAUGGUGGGGAUGGCAAUGAGGAGGAAUCUGAGCUGUUACAGAAUGACAGUGAUGAGGAGGCCAAUAUCGAUGGGGAAUUUUUCUCAGUCUCUACUUCUCCAGCCCUGAAACCAUUGAUUACUGACAGGAACUAUUUCCACUUACCAUAUUUUGACAAGAAGCCUUGUAUUUACAUCAAGAGUUGGUGGCAGGACCAGAGGCGACGUCUGUAUAAUUCAAAUAUCAUUGAUAAGAUUGCAGACAAGCUGGAAGAAGGCCUCAAUGAUGUGCAUGAGAUGAUCAAGACUGAAAAACCUCACCCAGAGCGCCGUCUCCGAGGAGUGCUGGAAGAACUGAGCAGUGGAUGUCUGAGAUUUGUGUCUCUCUCCAACAAAGAUCACAACCACUCCUCCCGGACACGUCUGGACCGGGAAAGGCUGAAAUCCUGCAUGCGGGAACUGGAAACGAUGGGCCAGCAAGCUAAGACCAUGAGAUCUCAGGUGAAGAAGACCACUAUCAGGGACAAGUUGAAGCAAUCCCAAAACUUCCUACAAAAACUGCGGUUCCUUGCAGAUGAGCCUCAGCACAGCAUUCCUGAGAUCUUCAUCUGGAUGAUGAGCAACGGCAAGCGCAUAGCCUAUGCCCGCAUCCCCUCCAAGGAUAUCCUCUACUCCAUUGUGGAUGAGGAAACAGGCAAAGACUGUGGAAAAGUGAAGACGGUUUUCCUCAAGUUACCUGGGAAACGGGGAUUUGGGCCAGCCGGCUGGACUGUACAAGCCAAAAUGGAAGUUUAUUUGUGGCUAGGACUCAACAAACAGAGGAAGGAUUUCCUCAGUGGUCUACCCUGUGGCUUUGAGGAGAAGAAACUUCCUGCGGGACAAAGUCUCCUAAAUUUCCCACCCAUCAGCCUCCUCUAUACUAAGAAACAAGUCUUCCAGCUCCGAGCCCAUAUGUACCAGGCCAGGAGUUUGUUUGCUGCAGACAGCAGUGGCCUUUCUGACCCUUUUGCCCGGGUUUUCUUUAUCACUCAAAGUCAAUGCACUGAGGUCUUAAAUGAAACACUUUGUCCUACCUGGGACCAACUGCUGGUGUUUGACAAUGUUGAGCUGUAUGGGGAAGUACAUGAGAUGCGGGAUGACCCUCCCAUUAUUGUCAUUGAAAUCUAUGACCAGGAUACAGUGGGGAAGGCUGACUUCAUGGGGCGAACAUUUGCCAAACCUGUGGUAAAGAUGUCAGAUGAGGAAUAUUGCCCUCCACGUUUCCCACCUCAGUUGGAAUAUUACCAGAUCUACCGGGGUAACUCAACUGCUGGAGACCUGCUGGCUGCCUUUGAACUCCUUCAGAUUGGACUUGCUGGGAAAUCAGAUCUGCCUCCCAUCGAUGGACCCACAGAUAUGGAUCGGGGUCCCAUCUUGCCUGUCCCUCUGGGGAUUCGCCCUGUUCUGAGCAAAUACCGAGUAGAGAUUUUGUUCUGGGGAUUGAGAGACCUGAAGCGAGUGAACUUGGCCCAGGUGGAUAGACCUCGAGUGGACAUUGAAUGUGCUGGAAGAGGGGUCCAGUCAUCCCUCAUCCAGAAUUAUAAGAAAAAUCCCAAUUUCAGCACUUUGGUCAAAUGGUUUGAAGUGGAUCUGCCUGAAAAUGAACUCCUGCAUCCACCCCUCAAUAUUCGUGUGGUGGAUUGCCGUGCCUUUGGGCGUUACACCCUUGUGGGAAGCCAUGCUGUCAAUUCCUUACGGAAGUUCAUCUAUAGACCUCCAGAUAAGAAGACUCAGCACUGGAGCACAGCAGCUAAACUUAUGAACGCCUAUGUGACUCUUGCAAAUGGGGGGCCCUACUCUCACCCCACAGGUGAAAUUGUGGUUAACAUGGAGCCAGAGGUUCCCAUCAAGAAGAUGGAGACCAUGGUGAAGUUGGAAGCGAAUUCCGAUGCUGUUGUGAAGGUGGAUGUGUCAGAAGAAGAGAAGGAGAAGAAGAAGAAGAAGAAGAAAGGAAAUGCAGAAGAAAUUGAGGAUGAGGAGCCUGAUGAGAGCAUGCUAGACUGGUGGUCCAAAUAUUUUGCUUCCAUUGAAACUAUGAAGCUACUUCAGCAGCAAGAGGCAGCUGCAGCAGAAGCCGAGGAGAAAGAAGAGAUGGACAACACUGAAGAAAUGAGACUUGAUGACUCUCCUAUGAAAGGCUCAAAAGCCCAAGGAAAGACCAAAGACAAAGUCAAAUUAUCCAAAGAGGACAAGAAGAAAAAGCAGCCGCAGCUGCAGCCUGAUGCCCCUGAAAGGAAGAACAAGCAGAAGAUUGACGAGAUGAAGGUGUAUCCCAAAGAACUGGAGACAGAAUUUGAUAAUUUUGAGGACUGGCUGCAUACUUUUAACCUCCUUCGUGGGAAGAUUGGAGAUGAUGACGACAAUUCUGCAGAUGAAGAUCGCAUUGUGGGAAGAUUCAAAGGGUCCCUGUGUGUUUAUAAAGUGCCUCUUCCUGAUGAUAUCACCAAGGAGGCUGGAUAUGACCCUACUUUUGGCAUGUUCCAAGGAAUUCCAAACAAUGAUCCCAUCAAUGUAUUGGUCCGGAUCUACAUUGUGAGGGCUACUGAUUUGCAUCCUGCUGACAUCAAUGGCAAAGCUGACCCUUAUGUUGCCAUCAAACUGGGAAAGACAGAUAUCAAAGACAAGGAGAAUUACAUCUCUAAACAGCUGAACCCAGUCUUUGGAAAAUCCUUUGACAUUGAGGCUACAUUCCCCAUGGAAUCCAUGUUGACGGUGGCUAUUUAUGAUUGGGACUUGGUGGGCUCGGAUGAUCUGAUUGGUGAGACAAAGAUAGAUCUGGAGAACCGGUAUUACAGCAAGCAUAGAGCAACAUGUGGCAUUUCUUGGAACUAUGCUCUCCAUGGAUAUAAUAUGUGGCGAGACCCCCAAAAGCCUACCCAAAUCCUAUCCAAGCUUUGUAAAGAAGGAAAAGUUGAUGGUCCCCACUAUGGCCCUCGAGGCAGAGUGAAAGUGACCAAUCGAGUCUUCACUGGCCCCACUGAAGUAGAGGAUGAAAAUGGUCAGAAAAAGCAGACAGAUGAGCAUCUGGCACUGACUGUGUUGCACCACUGGGAGGAUAUCCCCCGCGUGGGCUGCAAAUUAGUGCCUGAGCACGUGGAAACAAGGCCGUUGCUGAACCCGGACAAGCCAGGCAUUGAGCAGGGACGGCUGGAGUUAUGGGUGGACAUGUUCCCGAUGGACAUGCCGGCACCAGGCCCUGCCAUUGACAUCUCACCAAGGAAACCAAAGAAAUAUGAACUUAGAGUAAUAAUCUGGAACACUGAUGAGGUAGUCCUGGAGGACGAUGAUUACUUCACUGGCGAGAAAUCCAGUGACAUUUUUGUCCGGGGGUGGUUGAAGGGCCAGCAAGAAGACAAGCAGGAUACUGAUGUCCACUACCACUCACUGACAGGAGAGGGCAAUUUCAACUGGCGCUACAUCUUUCCUUUCGACUACCUUGCAGCUGAAGAAAAGAUUGUCAUUUCUAAGAAAGAAUCUAUGUUCUCCUGGGAUGAAACGGAAUACAAGAUUCCAGCCCGACUCACAUUACAAGUGUGGGAUGCUGAUCAUUUUUCUGCUGAUGACUUCCUUGGAGGCAUUGAGCUUGACUUGAACCGCUUCCCGCGUGGUGCGAAGACAGCCAAGCAGUGCAGCAUGGAACUGGGAACUGGUGAAAUAGAGGUGCCCUUGAUCUCUAUCUUCAAGCAGAAGAGGGUGAAGGGCUGGUGGCCCUUUUUGGCUCGAAAUGAGAACGAUGAAAUGGAGAUGACGGGUAAAGUGGAAGCUGAGCUUCAUUUACUGACAGCUGAGGAAGCCGAGAAAUGCCCAGCUGGAUUGGCUCGCAAUGAGCCAGACCCAUUGGAAAAACCCAAUCGUCCAGACACAUCCUUCAUCUGGUUCCUGAACCCACUCAAGUCUAUCAGAUACCUCAUUUGUACCCGUUACAAAUGGCUCAUUAUCAAGAUUGUCCUGGCUCUUCUACUUCUCAUCAUGGUGGCCCUUUUCCUUUACUCCAUGCCUGGUUAUAUGGUCAAGAAGCUUCUGGGAGCAUGAGACAGCUGCCCUAUUCUCCCAUUUCUGACCUGAUUGUCAGAAACAGCCUUUCAUUUCUGUUUAGUAGCUUCCUUUUUUGGACCUUUUCUUUUUCUUUUUUUCUUUUUUGGGAUUUUGGAUUUUGAAAGCAGGAAUCAGAUCCAGAAUUGCUUUAUUGUUGCUUUGUGACUUGAAAAAGGAAGAAUGUCUCCCUCCCAAGGUUCACUGUAAGUUCUCUUUUCAGCAAUGUCCUUCAGUCUCUUCAACAACUUAAUGCCUCCCCUCCCACAUUUAAUUGUUGUUACCUCAAUUUCAGUGUCCUCCAUGAAUGAAUUAAUCUUAAGUGGAAUUACCUUGACGACCAGGAUUCCAUUUUGUGUGGAUUGCAUUUAUCCAAAAUCUCCCUUCUUUUCUGUUUUUUAUUGUUUUCUUCCUUUGUUGAUAUCACAAAAGUAUGUCUCCCCCAAAAGCUGAAAUUUCAAAGGAUUCCUGUUCAUAUUAUAUUUGGAGUGAUCAGCUACUUAAGAAAUCUUGGCAUAUUUUCUUGGAAUCUGAUGCUGCAGUUUCCCCUUACUAUGAAAAGAAAUUGCCCCCUGCUCCCUUGACCAUGUGACAUUUUAUUGCAAUGGAAAGAAGGAAGGCUUGCCCUUCCAAGGUUUUGCAUGAAAACAGCUAGCAGCCUCCUAGCUUCGGACAACGAAAGAAAAUAAGCAUUUUGUUUUGUCGGAGUGUGUAAUGUGGUGGCAAGAGUGUGAACCACUGGUGGAAUUCAAAUUUUUUUACUACCGGUUCUGUGGGCAUGGCUUGGUGGGCGUGGCUUGGUGGGAGUAGCAGGGGAAGGAUACUGUAACAUCUCCAUUCCCUCCCCACUCCAGGGGAAGGAUACUGUAAAAUCCCCAUUUCCUCCCAUAAACUGAGACUUGGGAGGCAGAGACUAGAUGGGGCCAGUCAGAGGUGGUAUUUACCGGUUCUCUGAACUACUCAAAAUUUCCGCUACCGGUUCUCCAGAACUGGUCAGAACCUGCUGAAACCCCCCUCUGGUGUGAACUGCAAUGGCCCCAAGCUAUGGGUUCAGUUUAUAGGCAAAUUAUUAUUUUCCUCAUUUUAGUUCCUUCUUUACAAUUUGUUGUGAGGUGCACGUUAUACCCAAAUAAACUAAAAUUGACACACUUCAAAACCUAAUUAUUAAAUAAAAGAACAGGCAGUUCUUGCUCAAUCUUGAAACAUUCAAUGCUUGAAAAGCAUCCUGGAAUCAUUACAGAAAUGUUGCUUGGAUAUGCACCUGUGUACACAAUUAUGCUCCAUUAAUGCAACUGGGAAAUGAAAGAAUUUUUAUUUUUAAAGAUGACCACUAUAAUGGGAUUGGUUGUGAUCCUUAGACAGGGUUUUUGAUAUUUUCCAGUUGGAAAAACUGGCAAGUCAAGCUUUGAAGAACAUUGUGGAAAGGCAAUGUUUCAUAGAGGGCCAAGACGUUCUUUUGAACUUUUAAUUAUCAGGUAUAAAGCUGGUAAACAGCUGCUUUUUAUGGUAUGUGAUUGAGCAGGAAGUAGAAUCAGUUGCUGAGACAAGUAACCUCCAGAAUAAGAAGUGUGGUAGGGUUGGGGAACACAUUAUAAUGUUAUAUCCUAUUUUAAUGGGAAAUUAUAUCAUUUUGAAGUAUGAAUCUGCCGGUGAAACCCUCUAACACCGGAUGAGAGCAGGAAAGAGGGGAGUGAAAUAUCCAGACUGUUAAACUCAGAUUAUGCUGUGGGAAUGUAGGCAAUGCCAAAUGAUACUGAAGGACAGCUAACACGGCCAGUUCCAGUGGUGGGAUUCAGCCAGUUCUGUCUGAUUCAGGUGAACCAGUAGGCCCCGCCCACCCACACAAACGUAAUGCCGUUCUAUUUAGCCAUGUUUUGGAGGCAAAGAGCUCACAUUUGUGAACCGGUAGGGAAGGUAAGUGAAUCCCACCUCUGGCCAGUUCAUAUUAUAAUCAUUUCACAAAACUGGGUUAUCUCUUCAAAGCCCAUACAUAUUUAGUUCAAUCUAUCCUCCCAUACACAUUCAGUCCUCUCCAACAGAGAGGACCGUUUAAGAGUGUCUUUCUUAAUUCAACAGUCCAGUGCUCAUAAGCAUCAUCUCUUUAAAAUGAAUACAUUAAGAUGCUGUUCAUCUUAUUCUCAUUCUACCUGUUCCUUAACCUACUAUCCCUGCUAGAUUUGGUAUCUGUUCCUAAUCAUUAUGGCACCAAAAUGCUGAAUUGUGUGUUGUGAGUGACGUACAAAUUUUGUCACAUUGUACUUGCAUCAUGCACUGGAGGGUGCAAGCUGUGAUGUCACAACACAUGUUUUAUCACAUGCUACCCUGCCACUGCCACCCCCCAUGCCUGCCGGUCUUCUGGUACCUAGAAGACAUAGUGUGUAUGUCAAGUGUGGAUGUGGACUUUAGAUCACUAACACAUUUUCUUGCAAGCCAGUUGCAGAAGCAUGCAAGGAGGUGGCUGCAACUCCUUCUAGUUUCUAAUGAUAAUAAUUGUUUCUGUUAGACUUAAGUUAUGAGUCAGAUACCUCUCCCAAACAUGUGCUCGAUAAGCAAGUCUACCAUGCUAUAGUAUCAUAAGGCAACAGUCCCCAACCUUUUUGGCACCAUGGACUUGUUUUGUGGAAGACAAUUUUUCCACAGACCAGAGGGAGAGGGAUGAUUUCGGUUUCAGUCACCGCUCACCUCCAGCUUUGCGAUCUGAUUCCUAACAGGACAGAGACCGGUACUGAUCCAUGGCCCAAAGGUUUGGGAACCUUGUCAUAAGGGACCUGCAAUAGCUAACAGAAGCAAAAAAUCUGCCUCUUCAGGAGGCAAAGAUAACUUACAAGUUGGAAAGAGAUGUGAUGUCCUAAGCUUUAACUGAUCAGAUUUCUAGAAAAAAAUAAAUAGCACAAUUGCACUGCCUUUUUGCUGUUCUCUUUCACAGCGUAGCACAAAGUGAAGUUCCUGUAUUUCAUGCUUAUUAUUUCCUGGGUUGUGUGAAAACUAUUGCUUUUAUUUCCUUACAGUUGUGGGGUGGGGUCUGAUAUUGGUAGGGGUAUUUUUCUGUGCACUGUUAAUAUAGUAUCUCUGGAUCAAGAGAAAAUCUGUACAUUCUUUAAUAAAAAUGAAUCACUGAA